UUUACUUUGCUCACUUUGGGCCAGGGAGAGGGUGGCUUUAGGUUCCCUGCGGAGGGAGGGAAGGAAGAAGGGGCGCCCCAGUCAACAUCCCCUCACCCCACUUCUGAUUCGGCCUAUAGAAGGGGGAGAAGUUAUUCAAAUAGCAUCCGUUUAAUUUAAAAAAAAAUCGAACGCCCACUACUACAUCAGCACUUUGUGAAAAAGAAACUCCUAAGAAACACCUUGGAAAGAAAAAGAAGCCACCAAAUCAUCUCAACUGGUGCUGAAAAAAAGAAGAUUAUUUGGAGCCAAAAUCUGUCUAUGUUUCUGUCAUUUGCCUUUUUUUAAUAUACUGCCCUAACUUGUUUGCUGUGAAGGGAGUAUGCAUCUGGAGAUCAAAGUUGCUCUGAACUUCAUCAUCUCAUAUCUAUACAACAAGCUUCCUCGGAGGCGGGCUGACCUGUUUGGUGAAGAGCUAGAGCGGCUGCUGAAGAAAAAAUAUGAAGGCCAUUGGUAUCCAGAAAAGCCCUUGAAGGGCUCUGGCUACCGCUGUGUUCAUAUUGGUGAGACCGUGGAUCCUGUAGUGGAGAUGGCAGCCAAGAGGAGUGGACUGGCUGUAGAGGAUGUGCGAGCCAAUGUUCCUGAAGAACUGAGUGUCUGGAUUGACCCAUUUGAAGUGUCCUACCAGAUUGGUGAGAAAGGGUCAGUCAAGGUCUUGUAUCUAGAUGACAGUGAGGGCUGCAGUGCAGCUGAGUUAGACAAGGAGAUUAAGAGCAGCUUCAACCCUGAUGCUCAGGUGUUUGUCCCAAUUGGAAGCCAGGACAAUUCCUUGUCCAAUUCUCCAUCUCCAUCUUUUGGUCAGUCACCCAGCCCUACAUUCAUCCCCCGCUCUGCCCAGCCCAUUACCUUUACCACUGCCACUUUUGCUGCCACAAAGUUUGGUUCAACUAAGAUGAAGAAAGGUGGAGGAGCUGGGGCAAGCGCCAGUGGUGCAAAUGUUCCACAGCCACAGCAACGUCUGGCCCGGUCACCCACCAAUGGCCUGCUGAAGCACAAAGGCCUCUCCCUGUCUAUGCAUUCUCUGAACUUCAUUGGAAGCAGUCCAGCCUCUCAGUCUCAGCUCUCCCCCAAUGCCAAGGAGUUUGUUUACAAUGGUGGAUCACCAGGGGCUAGCAGCCUCUUCUUUGAUGGAGUUGCCACUGAGAACCAGGCAAAUGGCAUCCCUCCGGCAUCCCAGUUCAGUGCCAGUGGCAGCAGCAGCAGCAGCUUUGACAUGGCUCAGGUCUUUGGUGGGAGCACCAACAGCAUCUUUCUGGAGAAGUCGCCCUUCGUGGAAGGACUCAGCUAUAAUCUGAAUGCCAUGCAGUAUCCCAGCCAGUCGUUCCAGCCAGUUGUUUUGGCCAACUGACCGCCAUGAGAGUAUUCUGGGGAAAAUAAUUUCCAAAAAAAGAGAAAAAAAUAGAAAUAUUUGAAAUCUUAUAAAUAUAGCUUCUUGGAAAGAGACAAAUCCUGAUUCGUUGUGUCAUGCCAGGGAGCGCUGCUGAAGCACUGAUUUUUUUAAAAAAAACAUGUAUCCUGUGCUGUUUCUUACCCAUUGUUAAACACUUAACAAGGAAGGCUAUUCUUCUCAGCCUAGCAGUGGUGGGAACCAGAGUCACUUUAUUAUCUGCCAUGCUGCUCUUUGGAACUGGUUCUCAGAUAUAUUUGCUGUAAAGAUGGCCUUGUUCAGGGUGUUGUUAUGACCCUCAGGCCCAUGUGUCUUGAUCCCUUCCCCCUUUUUAAAGGUUUGGGGUAUGGAAAGGGAAUGGUUUUAUAUUGCUUUUGGAUGUGUGACAUCUCAUGGGCUUCCUGAAGGAGGCUUAAGGCUUGCUUCUCUAUAUAUGUGAUGAGUGGCACAGAUGGUGAGAGAAAAGCAUUUAUUGCUUGUACCUUUCCAGUUUCAUAUUCCUAUUGCAAAAUAGGAAUGGAUUAAAGUUCUCAGCUUUUUUUCUUCUCCUUGCCUUUGCUUACAUGGUAAUGGCAGAAUUGUGUAUUGAACAUGUAACUUUCCUAGAAGCUCCUUUAGCUCUAGGGCAGUACUAGAGGAAUAGCGUUUUAGCAUGGUUUGCCUCAUGCUUACCAUUACAAGUCCUUCCUCCUCUUCCUCAGCCCUGUUUAAAGUGUCUGGGGUAAGCUGAACUCUUUAAAAGGUUAGAUCCAAUGUCAGUUGCUGAUACUCUGAUGUAUAAAUAAGAGUCCUGAUGCAAUUUUUUCUGACUUGUGAGCAAAAUUGAUCUAAGUAUGUUGCACUCUUUCAAGAGUACAAGUGAAUGCUGGCUUUUCAGUGUUUUGUGCCUGAGCAGCCCCUGCUGAUGCUUCUUAGGACCAAUCACCUUGUUUUUAUGGGGUUCUGAGCUCUUCUGUUGACAGCUAAAUAUUUGGUUACUGUUUCUCAUGGAAAGGACUCUCUUGAAUAUAAUACAGCACUACAUUUUGGCAGGAAAUGGAGUGGUAAAGUGUAGAUUGCUUUCUGGAUGGAUGACUUGAGGGUUUGCACUCUGAAUUUCAUGUCUUUUAAGACUUUUGACCAAAAACCUUAUGAUUUUUCAUUUGAAAGGAAGCAGGUAUUCCUGUAUGGAAGAGUGCCCUAUAUAUCAGGUCCAGCACAGGUGUGUUCCAUCUAGAGAUUUCUUGGGGAAUGAGAUGGGCUUGUAGAAUUACCAAGUGACUUAGUGUGGCAAGAAGAAAGUGUUCUCUGAUACGAAUGUAGAGUCUCUCCUUCCUUAUUGUUCUUACUCACUAGAAAUCCUAAUGAUAUGCCCUACAAUUCCUUUUCCCAGCAAGAGAGGACAGCCUGGAAGACAGAGACAGUAGUGGCCUUCAAGAGUUGAGUGUCUUGCAGUUGAGUUGAGAAAAUCUGCUUUUGGCAGCAAAGCUUUCCCUGUCCAUGCCUUGUGAGAUGCAUAGUAGUCCUGCAGUUUAACUAGCUAUGGUGAUAAGGUGUGCGAGGUCUUCUAGGGAGUUAAGAGUAGUGAAGAUAUGUAGAGAGAAGGGCUGUGAAUAGGUAUACACUCUCUCCAACCAACUUGCUUUAUGCUCUUCUCCACAGCAUAGUUUAGAGUAUGUAAAGUCUUGCUUCUGCUGCUUCUUUGUCAAAGUCAAAUUGAAUAGAUAAGCUAUGAACUGCUCUUCUAGAGUUCUCCAGUGAUUCAGCAAGAGACUUUAAUUUUCCACUACCCCCACCCCCAAAGCUGAACUGAGAAUUCCCUGCAGGACUGUAUAUGAGCCUUAAACCUAAACCUUAACUGCCACUAGCAUUUGCCCUUCUGUGAAGAACACGUAUCUUCUGAUGCACUAAAUUUCAUGCAAUUGGUUCCUGGGGAGUAUCUCCUGCACAGCCCACAUUGUGCAAUUCAUCGGAUAUGUGCAGGAAGUCUCUCCAAAUGUCCCCCCAAGUUGAGCCCCCUUUUGCCCCCCCCCUUUUCUGGGCUGAGGAAAAGGAUACUCAAAGCUAUUUCAGCACUCUGGUUAUGUUCUGUGACCCACUCAAUGGAUAAGAAAGGAAGGCAGUAUUUGGCACUGAUGUGAAAUGUAAAGUUUUGUAGGCCUAGAAAUGAAAAACUCAAACAAGACACUUAGAACUGGCUCAGCAAAAGGCAUUUGUUGUUUGUCCCCCCCGCCCCAACAUUACCACUGCCACCUACUUCCCCUUCUAAGUGUAUUGUAGACUGCCAAGCUAUUACACUGGACUUGAACCAUGCCUCCCUCUGUAGGAGAGCUUCUGGCUUCCUAUUCAUCCAGCAUAAUAUCCUUUGAUAACUUACUCCUGGAGGAGAAGCUGCCACAAGCCACUCUGUGGGUGGGCUUAUGUACCCUUCUAAGGCUUCACUAUUUUGAAGAGAGAGAAACCUCACUAGCACCUGUGAUGUCUGACACCGCUUUAUUCUGCCAAUUGCUUUGGAAAAGAAGUCUGCAUACACAAGGAGGAAAAAGGGAGGGACCAACCUCUGUUUCCCAAAGGAACACAUACCGUGCUUCAGAAGCAUUUCCAGUGCUGGCGACAAUGAAACUCACGGCCUCUUUUUGGUCUUCUUGUCUCAAGAGUUAGACGUUCAGCUUCAAUUUUAUUUUUAAAACCUGCACUAAUUUACCUGGUUUCUUAGGAAGAAAAAGAGAUUUUUUUUAACUUUUAUUUUUAUGGGUUUGUGUUAAUUUUUUUGUUGUCCGUUUAUAUUGAAUAAUUUGCUACAUUUGUAAAAUGUAAGAGGUAUAUAUAAUAUAUGUAUAUUUCUAACGUAAAAAAAUUGAAAUUUUUCUUUUCAAGAUUUUUUCUUAGAGGAGAGAAAAAUAUUUUUUCAGGAAAAUUUUAAAAAAGCAGCAGUGAAAGCUCCUUUCUCCCCUCGCUUCCCUCCUUCCUGACCCUUUUUGAAGAGUGAAUCAGCAACGAGUGAUCUUAGAGGAUGGAUGAACGCAAAGAGGAUAGAAUUAUGUAUGUUUUUUAAUGCAGAGGUCCAUGCUGUUCUUGCUCGUUUUUUGUUUCGUUUUGUUUUUACAGGCAGGGGGCCAUUGAGUAGGGAUCCAGAGGGGUUUCUUUGUUUUCUUUUUUUUUCUCUAGUGAAGGAGGAAUACAAUCAGAGUUUUGUAUUCAGAAUGUUGUGCAAUAUUUUGGAACAGGACAUUGGCAUGUCUAGAGAUUUAGUUAAAAACAACAAAGGUUGAUCAAAUCUGUACAGUUUCUAUUGUUCCAGAUUUUUUUAAGUUUGUAUUAAAAGCAUGAUAUAUAAUA